AUGCAAUUGAUUGCUUCUCGGAUACUCACAGUUCUUGUGAUCUUGAUUAUCUUUCCAGAGGCAGCAUGUUUUUCGGUACCAACAACUUCCCCGGGUAGCUCGAAACCAACAAAAUCAUCAGACAAGACGAAGAGCGACCAGCAUGCUGGUCGUUCGAAUUUCUACACGUACAAGUCAAUGAAGCGAAUGGAAAUUCCAGCUCUGCUCUAUUCUACUUCUUCCAAUGCAGCCUGUAAGCUACUACGCCGUCAACUUCAGACAGUGCCCCCUAGUAGACCCUUAUCAUCAAUGGAGUCAUCAUCCUGCUCGGCUUCUCGGACAACAAACGACACAACUCAAGAAGAACCUCGCAUUGCUAUUGUCACUGGCAGCAACACUGGAGUCGGUUACGAAACUGCCAAAUGCUUGGUUCUGAAUCAUGGAUAUCAGGUCAUUAUUGCCAGUCGAUCUCCUGAAAAAGGAAUGCGUGCUUGUGAGACUAUCAAUGCUUUGGUUGUUGGCGGAGGACGAGGAAAGGCUGUUUGGGAGGGACCCUUGGAUUUGUCUGAUUUGGACAGCGUCCGGUCCUUUGCAACACAGAUUCAUGAGAAUCCAAAGUACAAGAACAUAGAUGUCCUCAUCAACAAUGCGGGUGUUAACUCUGCUGGAGUUACCAAUUCUGGUGCCACGACUAGAACAGCAGAAUCAGCACUGUCCAAAGAACCGCAAUUGGAUGCAGUCUUUUCCACCAAUUUUCUAGGCCACUUUUUGCUGACCAACAUUCUCCUAGAUCAAUGCGAGCGAGUGGUGAACCUGUCCUCUGUGAUGCAUCACUUCCCGGUCUAUUCCUCAUCUGAUCAGGAAGUCGACGACAUUGAAUCCGUAGCCUUUUGGAGGGACAAGGCAUUGACACCACCUGUGGAGGCUCCAAUAAACAACAAGAAAAAGAAAAAGGCAAAACGAAAAACUUAUGGUCCAAGCAAACUAGCGGCAUUACUAUUUACGUCGGAACUCCAACGACGAUACGGUGACAAGAUGUUGUCCAUUGCAGUCAAUCCCGGGGCGGUUUACAGCGACAUUUGGCGGAACUAUUCCAAAAUUCAGCAAAAACUCUUCCGGUUGCUAUAUCUGACGCCAGAACAAGGCUGUCAGACCUCUGUGGCCGCUGCCGUCUUGGAUUGGAACGAUGACAGCGAACAAACCUUAUACUUGCAACCCUAUCGGUUGCCACCACAGCGUACUAGUACGACGAAGAAGGAGGCUCGGCCGCCCUUUCCCAUGUUGGAAAUGUUAGGGCCUUACGUGGGAUACCGUUUAACAACUCCUCGUCUACCAAGGGAUGGUGGUGUUCGCGCAAGUCAGUCAUUAUUUGAAGUCUGUGAAGACUUGACCCAAUGCCAGUUUCCACGGUAG